CGUGUCUUGGUACUUGAUCAUGGUCAAAUUUUGGAGUUUGCAAGCCCAUUGGAUUUAUUACAAGAUGUCAAUUCCAUGUUUUAUAGAAUGUGCAGCAAUUCAGGUCAAUUUGAUAAUCUGUUGAAACUUGCAAAAGCAAAGCACGAACUAGUAGAUAUCUCUUAGAUCGUCUUGUUCUGAAAUAAAGGUUGUUUAUUGACUAUUUUACAUCAUUCGUCUAAGGUUUGGUAACCCAAAGAAAGAAACCACACUUUCUUUCUUUUUCAUUCUUUUUUUAAACCCCAUUCUUUUUACCUUGUUUUAAAUUGUUUGGAGGAAACCAUGACAACCAAUAUUCAGGCACAAACAAGCAAUGCUUCUCAAGUUCCUUACUGGAUAAGAGCUUGGUUUUUUGUCAGUUCGCUUUUAGUUGCUUGGGAUUUUGGCUUUUGUUUGCUUAGGCCUCAUAGUAUGGAAGGCGGCAGUCUUAAUUUCCUUUGGAAACCAUACAAUCUUUACGGAAAGAUUGAUCAUUUCUAUGGAUUACCAGCUUUUCAAGCUCAAGAUGGUUUCACAGGUGCUCAAGCUACGAUGAAUGUUAUUGAAACAUGUUUAAACUUUUAUUAUUUGUGGUUACUCAAUCACAAUAGUAAUGUAGGUCAGGCGAAUCUUGUAGGGUUUUCAUCAGCCAUUAUGACAUUUUCAAAAACCCUUUUAUAUUGGCUUGUUGAGCCAUUUUCAGGUUACCAACAUAUUGGUCAUAACAGUUUAAGAGAUUUAGUCAUUUUAUGGAUUAUUCCAAAUGGUUGUUGAAUUAUUGUACCUGGUGCUAUUAUCUAUACGCUAGGAAAGGACCUCAUGUUGCGUUUAUGUAAAGAGAAAACCCAAUAAGGUUUUAAAACAGAGGGAAAAUAAAAUAUUGUCCUUUUCGCCGUACCUAUAAAA